UUCAAACGGGCUGGAUCCGGCCCGCGGGCUGUAGUUUGCCCACGGCUGGUCCAGAUGGUACUCGGUACUGAUGGCUGAAACCUUUUGCCUCUCCCUGCAGCCGUUAAGCACAACUGGCGUCACGAGCUCCUCUUCCACCACUUCCAACAGGUCAAGGAAUCGGUCUCGUUAUCGGACCAAAGCUGUGAGCUGCGAGGUAGACGAGAGCCUCUUCGGAGGCAACAAGCCCGUGGCCCAGAGCGACAGCCCCAUCGUGCUGCUCCGAGAUAAGCAUGCCAUUGAGAAAACUUUCUCUGCUCUGGCCUUGGAGCACAAGCCAAAGACCAUCCAGCUCAUCACCCGGGACCUGGUCCGAGAACUCAUCGUUCCCACAGAGGAUCCCUCCGGGGAGUCCCUUAUCAUGAGUCCCGAAGAGUUUGAGCGGAUUAAAUGGGCAUCCCAAGUGCUGACCAAAGAAGAACUCGAGGCCAGGGUGCAGGCCCUCAAGAAGGAGAAGGAAGCCGCCUUGGAUGCAGUCACCACACGCAAGAAGGUCAUGAAACAGAAGGAAAUGAUUUGGAUGAAGAACAAGAAGCUCUAUGACCUAGAGGAGGAGGCCAAGGAGAGGGCCCAGAACCUUCUGCAGAGAGCCAACAAGCUGCGGAUAGAGCAGGAGGAGGAGCUCAGGGACAUGAGCAAGAUCAUCCUUAAUGCCAAGUGCCAUGCCAUCCGGGAUGCCCAGAUCCUGGAGAAAAAGCUGAUUCAAAAAGAACUGGAUGCAGAGGAGAAGCGGUUGGAUCAGAUGAUGGAGACGGAACGGCAGAAAUCCCUUCAAAGGCAGGAGGAUCUUUCCAAGAAGAGGAGAGAGGAAAGAAUCCGAGGAAAACGGCACAUUAUGCAACAGAUGCAAAGGAAGCAGGAGGAGCUAUCGCUGUUUGCGGAGCAGCAGGAGCAGGAGAAGGAGGAGAUGCUGGAAUACAUGGAGCAGCUCCAAGAGGAGGACCUCAGGGACAUGGAACGAAGGCACCAGGAGAAACUGAAGUUGCAAGCUGAGAUUAAGCGCAUCAACGAUGAGAGCCAGAGACAGAAAGCAGAGCUGCAGGCUCAGGAGAAGCUGGCAGACCAGAUGGUGAUGGAGUUCACCAAGAAGAAGAUGGCUCGAGAAGCAGAGUUUGAGGCUGAGCAGGAGAGAAUCAGGAGGGAGAAAGAGAAGGAGAUCGCCCGCAUGAGGGUCAUGCAAGAAAAGGCCCAGGAUUACCUGGCAGAACAGGAUACCUUGCGGGCAAAGCGCAACCAGGAGGUUGCAGACAGAGAGUGGCGCAGAAAGGAAAAAGAAAAUGCGCAGAAGAAGAUGGAAACAGAGGCCAAACUGCGGAAAACUCGGCAGGAGCAGGUGGCGUUCAAGGAGCACACCCUGGCAGUUCAGGUGCAACGGGACCGGGAUGAAUUCGACAGGAUCCUUCGGGCUCAGAGGGAGCAGAUUGAGAAGGAGAGGCUGGCGGAGGAGAAGAGGGCGGCGGAGCGCAUGCAGCACGCCCAGGAGCUGCGGCGCCAGGUGCGCGAGAACCAGCAGAAGCUGGUGCAGGACCGCAUCGCCGCCUUCGAGGAGGGCCGGCGCCUCAAGGAGGAGGCCCAGCGGCGCAGCGAGCGCAUCAAUGACGUCAAGAAGAAGAAGAUCGAAGAGCUGAGGGCCACCGGCCUCCCCGAGAAGUACUGCAUCGAAGCUGAGCGCAAAGCCAACAUCCUGCCCGCCACCUCUGUGAGCUGAGGGUGCCUCCAGCUACUCUGGGUGCCUCCAGGGGGAGGUUCCGCCCAGGCCCUGGAUGUCCGUGACUGCCGCUAACCUAGACGUUUAGUAGUUACAGAUUAAAUCUAUUCUACUCUAA